UAGAAAAUUGGAAAGGAGUUCACUCAUUCUAUUGUGUCAACAAUGAGAAGAAUUAUAGCCAUACAAACCGUUGGCCUACUUUGUUAGAAAUCGAGCUAAACAGACUGACGUUCAUAAAGUUUUGCAGAAGGAUGCUGAUUUGACAGCUCAAAUUCCUCGCUCCUUGUGCCUGAUUGGCUCAAACAAGCCCGUUGAAAUUAGGGGUUCGCAUCGGUGGAGAAUGGCUAGCAAGCCUGCUAGCUUCGUAUUUUAAAGUCAGUGCUAGCCCAUAAUGCAUUUGAGUGGAGUUCUUAUCUGUCUGUCCUACUGUUGCCCAAGAGACGCAUGAAAAUUGUCUUAAGCUGCAGAGUCAGUGCUAGCCCAUAAUGCAUUUGAGUGGAGUUCUUAUCUGUCUGUCCUACUGUUGCCCAAGAGACGCAUGAAAAUUGUCUUAACUACAUAAUCAAGCUUGACAAAAGACAGAGGACUAGGUGUGGAUGACCCCUCCCCUUACGAGAUGUAACAGGAUGCUGAACCAUCACUGUAGAAGGAACCCCGAGCUUCAAGAGGAGCUGCAGAUACAGGCUGCAGUGGCAGCGGGGGAUGUGUACACUGUCAGGAAGAUGCUGGAGCAAGGCUACUCUCCGAAGAUCCGUGAUGCCAACGGGUGGACCCUGCUCCACUUCUCCGCUGCCAAGGGGAAGGAGAGAUGUGUCCGGGUCUUCCUGGAGCACGGAGCUGAUCCCACAGUAAAGGACUUCAUCGGCGGCUUCACGGCGCUCCACUAUGCCGCCAUGCACGGCCGCGCGCGCAUCGCCCGCCUCAUGCUGGAGUCGGACUUCCGCAGCGACAUCAUCAAUGCCAAGAGCAACGACGGCUGGACGCCGCUGCACGUGGCCGCCCACUACGGCCGCGACUCUUUCGUGCGGCUCCUCCUUGAGUUCCGCGCCGAGGUGGAUCCCCUCAGCGACAAGGGCACCACGCCCCUCCAACUCGCCAUCAUCCGCGAGCGCUCCAGCUGCGUGAGAAUCCUGCUGGACCACAGCGCCAACAUCGACAUUCAAAAUGGCUUCCUGCUGCGCUACGCCGUCAUCAAGGGGAAUCAUUCCUACUGUCGUAUGUUCCUGCAGCGGGGUGCGGACACUAACCUGGGUCGCCUCGAGGACGGGCAGACCCCGUUGCACCUAUCAGCACUAAGAGACGACGUGCUGUGUGCCCAGAUGCUUUACAAGUACGGCGCUGACACCAACACAAGGAACUACGAGGGCCAGACUCCCGUGGCGGUGUCGUCGAGCAUGUCGGGCAUCAGCCGGCCCUGCCUGGACUUCCUACAGGAGGUCACCAGACAACCCAGGACUUUGCAGGACAUGUGUCGGAUAAACAUCCGGCAUCACAUAGGCCUCCAGAGCUUGAAGUGUCUGGAGGACCUGCCCAUUGCCAAGGUCAUGAAAGACUACCUAAAACACAAGUUUGACAAUGUGUGAUGACAAGAGGUUUUUUAUAUACCCCCUGAACCAGGCAGACGGAGAACGUCCUCCUCCAGACGGAGAACGUCCUCCUUUCAUCAGACUAUGCAAGCACUGUGCUACCUUCCGUUGUCUGAAGCCUGGAGGAGGUGGAGGACCAGGUUUCUGUACAACCUCCAGAGGUCACUUUGUAACCUCAGUUAAACACGUUGUCUGAAGCCUGGAGGAGGUGGAGGACCAGGUUUCUGUACAACCUCCAGAGGUCACUUUGUAACCUCAGUUAAACACGUUGUCGGAUGGCGGAGACAGAGUUUCUCUCUCGGCCGCGUUUCGACCCGCGUUAGCAGCAUUACGUCUUUGGAUGGACGACUGAAUUGGAUGGACGGGAACAGGUGGCAAUGUUUCAAGUAGGGCUUUCUUUCAAUCAUGAUGAAUGGUUAAUGAAGUGGUGCAGUCCUAAUUCGUGUUGUGGAAUAAAGCUUGUUUUGAUAGAAAUUACAUGACCGUUGAUUCGUUGCUGUCAUGUUACCCAUAAUGUAUGUGACAUGUCACAUUUCAGUCCACAUCAUGCCAAUAAUUUUUUUGUGGAUAUUAAGUGUUCCUAUUAGUUUUCAUGGAGACGCCAAUAUUUCUUUGCUGUGGUAAAUGUGGGGAAGUUGAGCGCGAGAGAAAGGAUUGUCAGACCGACAUUCUUUUUAUUGUUAAGUGGAAAACUUCUUGCAGAAUGGGUCAAUCUUGUGAUACAGCAUUUCAAAUAAUCAGGUUAUCAAGACCCCUUAAUUAUUCAAGUAUUACAAAAGCUCAGUGUUGAGUUAACUCAAGUUUGAGUCGGCUAAAGUAGACCCGUUUUGACUUGAUUUAAUCAUUGAAGGAUUCACAAGUGAGCGAUACCGAGGAAGGUUUUCAGUAGAGGGAAGGCCUGAGUUUUCCACAUUUACAGUAGGUGUUCACAAGAUGAGUCAUCCAGCAUAGCUCGGUGAAGUCUGUCUGCAAUGGUUACCAUGUACUGACAUAAACAUCGUCAAAAAAAACUAAAAACGAAUGUAAAUAAUUGUCAUAUAUGUACAGCAGAUAUUUUUCUAGAAUUAUUUAAGCGAUGAUCUCCUGUAUUCUUAAUGUAUUUGGAAUUUGUUGGAUGGUAUUGUGUGCUGUUGAUGUGGCCCAUGUAUUGUUUUUGUAUGUGUGUCUUUUAAGAGUUUUAGAAGACACGCGCGUGUAUUUUUAAAAAACUAAAUAUUUAGUUAAAAUACGUUAAUUAUUUUUACUUUGUGGGAGAUGGAACGGGUAUUGGGUUAAGAAUAAAAUAAGUGAAUUUGUUUAAAUGUUAAUGCCCCUGUUUUUAAAUCAUAUUUGUUCACAUUUGUGUGAAUUUAAGGUUAAUCCAGAUUUUUUUCCAUCAUUUUGAUUUUCACUGAUACUAAUGAAUGGUGUUUACAUAGAUUUUUGCAUGA